UGCCCUCGAGGUUCUCCGGCCUCUCCAACAUGGCGGCGCCCAGCUCUUUCCUCAACUGUGAGGAGUACGCCGAGUUCCAGGAGUUGAUCAGGGUGAUGAGAACCAUUGAUGACAGAAUAGUCCAUGAGUUAAACACUACUAUCCCAACAGCUUCUUUUGUAGGAAAAGUUGAUGCUAGCAAAACGUGUAAAGAACUUCAUCAGUCGCUGGCACAGGCUCAUGAAAGUAGAGAGAGAAUAAUCAAAACCUGUAUUGCCCAAGCUUCCAGUGUAGUAGAAUCUUUGCAGGAAGAGAGGAGGAAAUCUUUGGAGGACAUGACAUUGUUAAAAAGGCUCAGGAAAGAGCAGACAAAGUUGAGAUUAAUGCAGUCAGAGUUGAGCGUUGAAGAAGUGGUAAAUGAUAGAAGCUGGAAGGUAUUUAAUGAACGCUGCAGAACUCAUUAUAAGCCUCCGAAGAGUCAGUGAUGCAAAGGAGGGGAUGUCUUCCCCUGAAAGUGAACUUCAAUCAUGCAAAUAAGAGAAGAAACAUGGAACAAGCUGCUUGGGACCUUUGGGGGGGGAUCAGAUCUGUGGGGUUCAACCCAGUGAAUCAUUUUGCUAAUUAAGAUAAAUCAACUGCUAUUUUGUAUGAAAAGAAGUUUUUUUAAUAAAGAAAAAAACCAGAUGGAAUGUGAUGCCAGCAUUUUAACUUCAGCAUUUCCAGAUCUACAAGUAUCCUUUAGACAGGAUGAGAGAAUAAUGUCUCUAUCUCUCCUUGGACCAGAAAGUUUCACCUUUUUAUUUUGGUUUAUAGGAUGGCUAAAUUUGGGCUGUAUCAUCUGGCCUAGUUCUAAAAUUGGCAUAGGUCUUAACAGAUUGCUGUUGUGAUAAAACAGGAAGUUAAUAGGUAAUACUUGAUGCAAACUGGGAAUUUACCUUUUAACUACAUGUAGCAUUCUGUAAACAAAUCCUAUUUUGACUGGUGAUGUAGUCAAUUUAACCUGUGGACAUAUCCAAUUGUGCCAGUUGUGUAUUGCUUUAUACUGGACCCUUUUGGAGUGUGGAUGUUGACAUCUAUAUCUUUUUGGCUUGGAUGCUGAAAUAAUUUGAGAGUGAAAGAUAUUAAACUCAUGAAUUUGCUACAUGAAGCAAAUACUGAAUGCCUCUCAUCAGUUUCAUGGAUGACAUGCCAAUGUGGACAGACCUAUAGGUAAAUUCACUUCAUAUCAUGUUAACUAUAAGUCUCUCUUUAUAAGUGACAUACCAGGGAGUUACACAGCAUAAUUACUCACCUGUGUGUAACUCUUGACAGCAAUAGCAAAUUCCUCCCCCCCCCCCCGCCAAUAUGUCAACUGAGUUUCUUGAAAUUAAGUCCUGUUGAUACAAGUUCGAGAAGAGUCACUUCUAAUUCGUGGGAGAGAGAAAGCUGUGUGUGCGUGUUAAAUUGAACUUGAGAGAAUAUGCAUUUGUUAGAUGUAACUGUCUGAUAUUCAAAUAAAGGAAAUUUACACUGCUCGACAUCUGGACAACAUGACAGGCUUUCCAAUAGUUCUAUCAUAUAAUUUUGAAUACAAUUCUUUAAUGCUAUUUUAAAUGUAUAAAUUUUGAAGCUCUAUGCAGUUUUGCUGACAAUUUUCCAAAAGCUUAGCCUUAUUGUAAAGCACAAAUAUUUUCUAAUUGGCUUGUUUUAGGAGACCAACAGAUUGCCUUACUCUCGUCAUGAGAUUCCAGUGUGAGGGAAAUUGGCUCUGAAAAGCACACAGAACACAUGGUUACACUCUACAAAGUGUGUAGAUAUUUCAUUUCAUUUCAAAAGCCAUCAAGGUGUAUAGAAAGCAAAAAAAUAAAAUAAAAUCCUGCCAUAAUUACCAACAUUCCAGAGUCGCAAUACAAGCCUCUCACUGUGUGAUGACUCAAUUUCCUAAACCCACCUGUGUAUAGAAACUCUGACAAGACACUGCUGCUUCAGAUUCCAUUUUUUAACAUCCCAUUAUAAUGAUUAAUUCAUUAUUAAAAAUUCCUUUUAUCAGGAAUUAGAGGUUGGAUUGUAAUUAUUUUAAUUAAGACCAAUUAUAUUUUUAGCAUAUGAGGAUAGGAUUUCCUGUAAAAAGGG